ACAGAGCUCCCAGUUCUCUUCCUCUCUGCCUCGCUUUGUGCGUUCGUAUCUUGUGGGAUGGCGAGAGCUUGUUGAUCCUUGCGACGUCGGGAAAGUCGAGAUCUUUGAGAGCGGAAGCGGAAGUUUGAUCAGUGUGCUAUGCGAAGCGGGAGUCGAAGGGCGGAAGUUUGCUCGAGGUUUGCCUGCUUCUUGCCCGGCUGCUUGAUCCAGUUUUGGUGCGACAGUGGUGCUUCUGAUUUGUAGGAAUUUGAGCUUUUCGAUUGAGAGGGAGCGCGUUUUUGCGCGGCGGAUGUUGACGGAGGAGACAAUGUGCUGCGAUGAUCACAUGCGGAGGAGGAUUUAUGAUUGAGAGCGGACGAUUUUCGACGAUCGAGCAGGACGGAAUUUGAGGAUCAAGAUGGAGAGUAAACAGGAAGAACUUCUGUGCCGAGUUAUUGCUAAUCAUCUAUAUCUCUCGCAAUUUGAGCCGUUCCGUGCCUGUAUUCACACCUUGUACGAUAUCAAUCCAGCCCUCGCGUUAGGAAUAUUACAGGCUAUCAUUCAGAAAGGCGGGGAACUCAAAGGAAUAAUUUGGUCGGAGGCAGUUCCAUCUCCAGCGCAUCUUACAUGGCUUUGUUUGGGAGAGCUCUUAAGUUUGGAAGGGGAGCGGAAAUUCUCUUUCCGGGGAGAGAGAGCCCGCUGGGCCUCGGAUCCACAGUUAAUCUUCAAUAAUGUGGAGUUCCUUCUCUUAGUAGAACUCUUGAAGAGACUUUCAGCUUCAAAGGCCUCCACAUUGACGGAGGAAUCAGCGGAUAAGUUGUGGGAGUUGGGAAGAUAUGACUUUCGAAAAUUUGGGGAGAGUUCGUCCAUCUCAUCCUCUUCAAGUUCAGGAAAUCCUAGGAAAUCGGAGGGCAUCACAUUUGAUGGAUUUCAAGUUGAGGCCAAGAGACAGCAGAGCACAGAUGGUAGGAGACAGGGAGUUGAAGCCUCGAGUAGUGAAGGAACACUACACGGAGACGGCGAGACGAGUAGGACUGGUGACAGCCGAGUGCCAACGGGGAGUGCAUCUGAGACAGCGCCGGUCUCGGACAAGACCAAGUCCGAGGAUGGACAAGGGGACUCUGUCAAUAUUCAGUUUAGUGGAAAGAAGCUAGAAGAGGCUGGAGGAAAGCUCAUGCAGGAACUCUCUGAUACUGGCUUAGAAAGACUCAUUGAGCGAUUUAGAAAUCUGGAUGCAGUGGUGGAUCAGGAAGAUAUCGGAGAGGAAGUGGUGUUUGGACCUGCACAGCUUGAUGAUGGAGAACAGAGAAGGGACGGCACUGAAGGAGGCACUGCCAGGAAAAUUGCUGGGCCAGAAGCCGAAUCUGUUAGCAGGGACAAAUCUCGAGAACAGAGUGAUACAAAAAGCAAGGGUGCGAGUUCUAGUGCUCACAUGCAACCUCGUCCAACUAUUCUGGAACAAGAUAGUGAGUCCAAAGUAGACAGUGGACUGGCUGAAGAAUAUAGCGCCUGGGUGAAGAAGCUUACGCUGUAUCAUCCAGACUUGCUCCAUGCUCUCUCAUCAAAUAUUCGAAGGCAGCAACACUCAGACCUGCCUAAUCCGAAAACAGGCAGGAAACGAAAUAUCCCGCCAAAUGGCGACGAUCCUUCUGAAACAGAUCCUGGUAUUCAGGUUGACGAUUCAGGCCCCAGUGAAAGAGUCGAUGAAUCCUCCUCUGUGACAGCGGAGCAGGGAACAUUUAAGCUAGGAGAUAAUCUUGGGACUGAAGUGCAAAACGCACAUUUGUUGCAAAUAAAAGAGGAUGUUCGUGGAGGAAGACUUGUGCGGGCCAGUCAACACAUACGUUAUUUACAUAUCGAAUGUGGCAUUGCAGAAUCACAGUAUAGGGAUGUGAUGCGCUUAAUAAUGAAAGCAGCGAAGAAGAGUAUGGAUCCUGGAAGAUCUCCGCGGGAUCGGGUCAACGACGCUUCUGUUCUUUGGAUAUACGAGCAAGUUAAUGCAGCCUGUUCUGCCAAGCUUUUAAGACAAGCAGAGUGUGCCCAAGAUGACCUUAUAUUGGAAGAGGUUGAAGAGAAUAGGACAGGAGCAGGAAACAUAUUGCCACCACCUCUGGAGAGACUUCACAAGCAGCUCCAAAGGCCGCGUCCUGUGAUUUCUACCAGUAUCGUUUCAACAGAUGCUUCAUCAAUUCGAACUUGUAAGGUGGAUAUGUUCCAGUAUGCCCGAGUUGUUGGGGAGCAUGUUCUAGAAGCUGUUAUGGAGGCGUCAUUCAACUCAAUCAAAGUUCUUCAGAUUCAAAAAGCAGCCGACGUCCUUGCUCCGUUUCCUCGCCUUCAGCCAUUGGUCACUGUCAUGGGUUGGGACUUGCUCGGUGGCAAUACCUCAGGACGUCGACGGUUGGUGGAGCUUUUGUGGAAUAGCAGGCAAAAAUCUGGAAGACUUGAUGGUGGAUCAAUACCCGGCAGACCAGCCGAGGAGGAAUCAUGUAUCGAGGAACUCUGUCACCAGCUCUGCUAUCGAUUGGAGCUGGCUUAUUUCGCCGCUCUGGUUAACUCCGGAGUAAGCUGGGAAACCGGAGGGGGAAAGAUUUUUGGCAACACGAGAUCCAAAUCUAUUGGCAGAAAUCAAGAGGAGCAGCCACCUGCAGACCCUUUUGUCGCGAAUCUUGUCCUAGAACGCUUAGCUAUGCAUUCUGCAAUCAGAGUUAUUUUUGACGUGGUUCCAGAUAUCAAGCUUCAGGAUGCUAUACAGCUUGUAGAGAUGCAGCCUAUCGGAUCUUCUACCACAGCUUCCUGGCAAAGGCAACAAGAUCUGGAACUUUUGCAUAUGCAUUUUGGAGUACAGGCAGCAGUACACACCCUUGUCUCCAUGGAAGCAAGCGCUGUAGAGGCGCAGAGAGCCCAAGCUCACAGACGUGCAAAAUACUUCCUGUUAGAGCUUCGGCAACAUCUGGAAGCUGUGACAACUCCCAUUCGCAAACAUUGGAUGCUGAGCAUGGUCGUCCAUCUUCUUCACAUGGACGAGCUUUCAUUAUCAGUUGGAGCAAACGAAGGGUUAGCCCAGUGGGACGAUUCAGAUACAGUCAAAGACUCCGUUGGAACUUCGAAGCUUUCGAUGGAAGAAGAAAAGUCAACGGCUGUUGCCUUUGUUGGUGAUAUUCUAGGGAUUCUUCGCCAGGCAAUGUCUUCAGCAGUUUUCGAAGCACAAGGAAAGCGCAAACAAAAGCAAAGUACAACCUAUUUAGCUCGAGAGGUGGGCAGUGCGAAUACAGCUCUUCCCGAUAGUGCACGAAAACCGUGGCAACAAAAGAUGGUCUUAUUACAGAAAUUUGUUGAUGACUGGGAGUGGCGCCUCGCAGUAUUGCAACGUCUCAGUCCCACUUCACAACGCCAGUGGCAGUGGAAGGAAGCACUGGCCGUUCUCCGAGCUGCGCCGUCAACCCUUCUUAACAUGUGUGUCCAACGUGCCCAAUUUGACCUCGGAGAAGAAGCUGUGCAUCGAUUUGCUCUACCUCCUGAAGAAGCUGCAUCCUUGCAGCUCGCAGAAUAUAUUGAUAGAGCUGUUGCGAGAACCUCGGUGGAUGACCCAGUGUCCCAUGUUGACGAGAGAUCACCUCCUGAAAAGAAAUUGGAGGAUCUGCGUCCACUGGCCAGUGUACUCCUUUGCCUUGAUGUUGCUGCAGCUUCAGCGAGCAAAGUUUAUAGAGCUAAGCCUCUCCUGGAGUGGGCGCGUGUUUUCCUCUCACAAAUGUCUCAAGGAGUAAAUCAGAAGCAAUCAAGUACGUUGAUGGAGCAAAAGCAAGAAGCAUGUCUUGUAUUUGUAGUCAAACGGGUUUUACAGCGACUACAAGAUCUCCUUGAGCAGGAUCGGUAUCGACCCCUACAGGCAUCCCUCUCAGGCGCAGAUAUGGUUUCAUCUGGUCCUGAGGUAGUUCGUCAAGGACCUAGACAACGAGCGCUUGGAAUUUUACAACAGACAAUUGAGGACGCUCACGAUGGCAAAAGGCAGUUUUUGAGUGGUACGUUGCAUAACCUUGGAAAGGCUUUAGCAAACGAGGAUGUUGAUGAUAACAGCACGAAGCAAGUCAGUUCUCCAUCCGAAAAGAAGCAGAUGUCAAUGGAACAUGUUUUGGGCUGUGGUUAUGUCGUCUCGCCAAAAAAUGCUCCAGUUCCAUCCUCCGGGUUGGUAGAUCAUGCAGAAUUCAGUUCACUUGCAGUCAAACCUGCGGAAAAGCUUUUUCUUGGGCCUUUGGGUAAUAAGCGAACAGCUUACCUCUCGGCGUUCAUCCUUUACAUCGCAACUGUCGGGGAUAUAGUGGAUGGAGUGGAUACGACUCACGACUACAACUUUUUUUCUCUUGUCUAUGAGCGACCCAACGAUCUGUUAACACGUCUUGUUUUUGAAAGGGGAAGCGCUGAUGCCGCUGGAAAAGUUGCUGGGAUUAUGAAAUCAGAUCUGGUGCAGCAAAUUAUCACUGCGUGUGUACCCCCUGUCUAUCCACCGAAGGGAGGAAAAGGUUGGGCUUGUAUUCCACGGCUCCCAGCUCGUGUUGUGCAAACUGCCGGGGUUAUUCAAAGCAGUACUACUUUUCCUACCGCUCCUGGCGAGAAUGAUGCUGAACUUUACCCCCUCCAGCGCGAUGUUAUCAAACAUCUUGCCACACUUUCACCCGUCAGAGCAAUUCUAGCUUGUGUGUUUGGCAGUAGCCGCUUCACUAUGUUUGUGAAAGAAGGGGAUGGAGAUCAUCUCACUGUCCAAGAGCAGUCUCAGAAACAGGAUGCGGAUCGGUGGUUCUACGAGUUUGCCUUGGAGCAGUCAGACCGUUACUCAACCCUGAACCGCUGGAUCCAACUUCAAGCCAACCUCCAGCGAUUAUCAGAAUCUCCUAUUUCCACGAAAAGGCUGAAUGAUGCGGAAACGCAGAAGGAGGAAGACAGGAGAAAAUCUACCAAGCGGUUGCGUGAACCUGAGCAGGACGUUGACUCUGAGGAUGAGCAAGAGAAGAUUGCGAUUAUUGGCAUGCAAGGUCCACCUGCUGGAUGGGAAGGUCUCCAGAGGUCAACAAUAGAGAAAUCUCCACUUGGCGCAGUCGACGUAAAAGCUUCUCAGACUACUGCUCCAUUCACUGUCUUACUGGAUUGGGAGAAUGAAGGUCCUUAUGAGGAGGCUGUUCAAGGGCUAAUGGAGGAGGGAAAAUUAGUGGACGCCUUGGCCUUGGCAGACCGGUGGCUUCGAGAUGGAGCUCCAGAUCGGUUGCUCCAGCUGUUGAUUGAAAGAGGGGAGGAUGGAGGAUCUCAUUCGAGUCUGGCUUGGCAGGGCCAUGGGAGUUCUCAUCACAACCUUUGGAACAGCAGCUGGCAAUACUGCAUACGACUUCGUGACAAAAACCUUGCAGCGACACUGGCUCUCAAGUACUUACAUCGUUGGGAGCUGGAUGCCGCAAUAGACGUACUGACAAUGUGCAGUUGCCAUCUGGAUCCUAAAGAAUCCUUGUAUGAAGAGGCAGUCAGAGUCAAGCAAUCACUUCAGCAGUAUGGUCGGAUACUCCGUGCAGAUUCUCGGUUUAGCAACUGGCGUGAGGUGGAGGCAUUUUGCCAAAGUGAUCCGGAAGGUUUGGCCCUCAGGCUAGCAAGUAAAGGCGCAGUUUCGGCAGCGCUAGAUGUGGCCGAGUCAUUUAACCUUCCCAACGUCACACGAAGAGAACUGCAAGGACGACAGUUAGUGAAGCUCUUAACUUCUGAUCCAACUACUGGUGGUGGUCCUGCAGAGGGUUUGAGAUUUUUAAGUUCCUUAAACCAUCCUGAAGAUGCGUUGGCUGUUGCAAUGACAGCCAUGGAACAGUUGCCCAAUUUGCGCUCAAAACAGCUUCUGGUUCACUUCUUCCUUAAAAGACGUGUUGGAACUCUCUCGGAAGCGGAACAUGGGAGGUUGGAUCAAUUAGCUCUGGGACUUCGCAUGCUUGGAGCUCUGCCUUUACCUUGGCAACAGCGUUGUUCUGCUUUGCAUGAACAUCCCCGACUUAUUCUCGAAACCCUACUUAUGUGGAAACAACUCAAGGCUGCAUCUCAGCUUCUUGAUGCGUUUCCGAAGCUUCGAGACAAUGGUUUGAUCAUCAGUUAUGCUGCUAAAGCAAUCAGCUUCAGCACUGUUCUUCCUGUUGAACGACGAACAUAUUCUCCCUCAGCAAACAACAAACCUCUCAAUCGUAUGAAGACAAAUAUCAGCUCUGGUAUAAGCAUUCUCCAGAGGCGAGCAUUUUCAUGGGCAAGUCGAGAUGCGCCUGCCAAAGUUGUUGCGAAGGAACCUCCAAAUCGGAAACGGAAGGGAAGUAUGCUACCCCCCUCUCAAAUAGCAGCAUGGGAGGCCAUGGCUGGGAUUCCAGAAGAACGGCCGUCAGCUGGUGCCGCAGCACCUCAAGAGGAGAGGUUAGCACCAGUGACCAUGGGAGAUGAGUGGGUGCUGACUGGAGAUCCUGCAAAAGAUGAUGUUGUCAGAAACUCUCACCGUUACGAAAGUGCACCAAGUUCAAUCCUCUUCAAGGCUUUGCUCUCACUGUGCUCAGAGGAAAUAAUAGCUGCUAAAGCAGCGGUAGAUUUAUGUGAUGAGCAAGUCAAGAAACUUCUGUGUGCCGAACAGCUACCUCUGAAAGCAUCUUCAGAAGUGAAAGAGCGUGCUUUUCAUGCAACUGAAGCUUUUGUUCAGGCACUUCUUCACGCGAGGGCACAGCUGAGGAAUCUUGCUGGUCAGUCGCAGAAAAUGCCUGCAGGUCCAGUUGUUGGCACUGACAGUGAGAAGAAGGAUUCCGCGGAGGAUGUGGCAGGUCAGAGUAGUUCCAUAUCACCUGUAGCUCCUCUAACAGAUGAACUUCCGAAGCUCUUGAUACGUGCCGACGUCUUGCUUAGCCGCGUGGAACUACUUCAAAGUCUACUGGGAGCCGGUGUAUCAGCGUCUAUAAAUGAUCUGGAAGAUGAAGGAUCCGAUAAGCUUCGGGACCGCUUGAUUAAAGAUGAGCGCUACACCAUGGCUGUUCAUACAUGUACAAAAUGCAAGAUCGAUGCACUGCCCGUGUGGCAAGCAUGGGGCCACGCCCUUCUCCGCAUGGAGCGCUAUCCGCAGGCUCGAGCAAAGUUCAGUCAAGCACUACGGUUGCUCAAGGGUGAUAAAGUUCCUUUCAUUCGUCAGAUUAUAAACACUGUGGAAGGUGGUCCACCUGUGGAUGUUGAGGCUGCUAUUAGCAUGUAUGCACAUGUGGCACAAAAUAUUUCCUCGGUUUCAGACGAUUCGCUGUCAGCAGAUGCUUAUUUGAGCGUAUUGUACAUUCCAUCCUUUACAAAGGCCGAUCGUUCAAGACGAACAUCAGAGGAAUCAGCUGACAGACAGCAGGAAUCAGCUGUAAAAGACUCUCUACAUCGUAACGGAGACGAGCCUUUACAAAGUAAUUUAGAUAGCGUACGGUACAAUGAGUGUGUAUACUAUCUACAGGAGCAUGCCCGCUCCGAUUUGCUAUCUUUCGCCUUUCGACAUGGUCGUUACUAUGAAGCAUGUCAACUCUUCUUCCCAGCCGACUCUGUACCUCCACCACCUUUGCCAUCUCCAUAUGCCACGCAAGCGGCUGCUUCAUCUUCACCUCAAAGAACAGACCCUUUAGCUACGGACUACGGUUCUGUUGAUGACCUUCUUGAUCGCUGUGUUGCUUAUGGAGUUGUUCCAGUCCUUGAGCGUGCUCUUGCCAUCAGAGUCGAUAGUACGGAUGCUGCUGUUAGAGAGCACACCAGUCUUGCCCUUACGCGUAUUUGCAGUUACUGUGAAGCUCAUCGAAACUUCAAUCAUCUAUAUCGGUUCCAGCUUCUAAAGAAGGACUACGUAGCUGCUGGCCUCUGCUGUAUCCAGCUGUUCUUGAAUUCUCAACAUCAAGAUGAAGCUGUCCGUCAACUAGAGUGUGCUCGGGGUCAUUUCGAUGAAGGUUUGGCCGUCCGCCAACAAAGUGGAGACUUGUCCAAGGGUGGAACUAAAGUUGCUCGAGGCAAACUCCCCUCUGAUAAACUAACGGAUGAAGAACUCCUCAAGUUUACAGCUCGUAUCAGAAUACAGUUGGAAGUCGUCCGAGCAUUCAGUGAAAACGAAGGACCGUUGUGGAAGUGGUCACUCUUCGGUAAUCCAAACGACGCCGAUACUUUCAAGCGUAGGUCCGACAUCGCCGAAGCUAUUGUCGAGAAAAACUUUGAUCUCGCCUUUCAAGUUAUCUACGAUUUCCAGCUUCCAGCGGUGCAUAUAUAUGCCGGGGUAGCAGCAUCUCUUGCAGAACGGAAAAAGAGUGGCAUAUUAUCAGAUCUUCUUAAAAAAGUAAAAGGAACAAUUCCGGACGAUGAUUUCGAUCAGGUUCUGGGAGCUGCUAUCAACGUAUUAGCAAAAAAGAAGGAACGUCCAGACAAGCUGAUUGACCAGCUAUCCAGUAAUCACAGGAAAGUGUUGGCUUGCGUCAUUUGUGGAAGACUGAAAAGCGCUUAUCAAAUUGCGUCUCGAAGCAACAGCGUUUCAGAUGUACAAUAUGUCUCCCACCAGGCUGGAAAAUCGAAAAAUUUGGCUGUCCUUGACCUGUGCCAACAGUGGCUAGCUAAAAAUUCCUAGGGCGCAACAAGGGUGCCAGAUUGGAGUGAGUCCCUAAAUUCGCUUUUGAAUUGAGUGUAUACUAGCAGGCUAUCACAAAAUUAGAUUUGGUCCUCAACAUUAGAAGAGGCCUCUUUUGAUAACAGUUGCCUUGAGCAGUAGGUUCAGCUAAGUUGUAAUUUUUCACUGAAGUUCACAUUAAGAUUCUUUUGGGUGAGAUUCUUAUAGGUUGUAAGACACAGAAAGCAGUAAAUCUGAAUAGGUAACACCGAAAUUACGACUCUGCCCGUGAUCAUGACUGGAGAACCUUAGAAAAGUGCCAAAUGACAUCACCCGCAUGGAAUGGAGCUUCCAAGGACUUCCUGAUUUUGAAGGUAGCCGCCUCCAAUUAUGACAGUCCGAGGCUUGUCAUCCAUUUAAGCAACGAUUAUGUAUGAUGUAUCCAAGUAUUCUUGUAAUUGUGAAAGGAAAGAGAGAUGACUCUGGUCACUUUUGGUGGUUGUACCAGAGUUCAUACUCGAAUUAUCUGUACUUCCAUCGCCGAGUUGCCUCCUUGACUUUUUUCUGGAGAUAGAAUCUGCAUAUGCAGUUGAUAGAAGGCAGAUGACAUACUACUCCAUAAGUUUGAUAGGAAGGAUAGAUGUUAUUAAAUAUCUGUUACUACCUGGACUAUACUAUCUGCUGAGCUCUACAGUAACUUCCGGAUACUAAAGUCCACUAUCGUAUACGAUGAAAUGAUAUAUAUUUCUAGCGCCGUCGAAGUCAGUAGGGAGCGUUUCUGUCUUACGGAGAGCUUGACAGCGUGUAUUCGUGCGCAUCAUCACAUUCACACGGUCCAGUGGAUUACACUUCGUGGGCUUCCGAACGUAGCAACAAAUUCGUUUCAUAAUAUGCUUGUCUUUUCUGCAAUUUUAUUUCAUACACCCAGUAUUCAGGAAAUAUCACUACCUACCAUG